AUGGUCUAUUUAAAGACUCAGAUAGACCUUCUCACCAAGCACUUAUUAUCGGGGAAGAUAAAGAAAGUAAAGGUUGUGAUUUCUCAGGACCGAGUUGAUGUAGAGCAAGAAGAAGAGGCUACUUAUGUUAAUAAUCAGCGGGUUUCCAAGGCAAUAGCUACGGAAAUCAAGGAUGUGCCCAGAACUGAACAACUUGUUAUUAAACUUCUGUCCGCGGUCAUGAUGAACUAUGAAAGUGAAAGCAUUGAGGAGUAUGAAGAGACACCUCUGGAGAAGGAAGUGAAAUUUUUCUUCGAUGACGAGUGCUUGAAGGUAUUUGAGUGCCUUAAAAAGAAGAUGAUUAAGGCUCCUAUUGUUAUUGCUCCCGACUGGGUAAAACCAUUUGUGAGAAAGUGUGAUACAUGUGGUGUUUCCUUGGGAGCUGUAUUCAGACAAAAGAAGGAUAAACUGUUUUAUCCAAUAUAUUAA